AUGGGAAACAUACUUUAUUGUUGCCGCAAGGUGUCCGAGUUUAUUAACACCAAGGGAGUUGGGAACCAGACCGAAGAGCAGUCUCUGCUGCUAUCCCUGGAAAAUAGUGAUAUAGAACGUCUUUCUCCUUCAAGAACCUCAGCUGACCUACUGGCUUCUCCUGUUCUGGACCAAGAUCAUCUUCUAUUCCCAGACAUUGUACUUAGCAGCAACAUUCGGGUCAGAGGGGACUUGAUUCAGCCUUUGGAGCUCUUGUUGGCAACGAGGGGGCAAGCACAAGAUGCCAGAAGAGACGAUGGAGUUGAUGAAAGCAAUCUACGAAAUGGAGGAGAGCGAAAUAGAGAGCUGGUGGGGCCGCCAAGCACAGACGUUGCAGGCAUAAAUCAAUUAUGCUCCACAGCGGAUGAAUGGCCCCUGCUGUUGUCCCUAUACCAGAUACCAGCUGCUCAAAACAAAAUAUGCACUUAUGGACUAGAAGCAGACACUUCUAAAUCUCAUGGGAUGGGACUCAUUCCUGUGGUUGCUGCAUCUUCACUGGAUGCCUCACAAAGUGAGGUAGACAUCAAUCAGAGAGACGAUGGUUGGACUCAAACAGAGCAAUUCACUGAACAUGAAGAACCUAAGGAGCAACCAAGAGUAAAUGUGAUACACACAGAAAAGAAACAGGACAAGAAACUACUGAAUGGACCAAACAGUGCAGCACAAACACCUCUAGAUGCGAUGAAGAUGCAACCUUCAGUUGAAGAUGGCACUCCAACUGAAUGUCCUUUGAUUCAAACGAUGCAAAGGGAAGCACAAACCUUGGAACUCAUAGCACAAAUAGAUGACUUUGAAGAUCAAGACGCACUCGCAAAACCAGAAUCGGAGCAAGACGCACAGACUUCUGAGACACUAGAGAUGGAUAUUAUAAAGACAGAGCAUGCUAAUGAGAAAGCUACUACAACUGCAGAGCUUCUUCUUUGUAUGGAGAAGAAAAUCUCUCAUGUAGAGCAACUUUACAUUACAGAGCAUGAGUUAGGAGAGAAGGAGCAAAGCCUAUCUCAGAUGGAGCAGGAUUUGAUAUGGAAAAAGAAGGAAGUAGAACAGAUGCAGUGGGACCUGGAAGCGCUAAAGCAGAGCACAGGGUUAUCACUGCGGGAUUCUAAGCAGACAACCCUUGCUGUGACACAGGUAGAACAAAGAGAGGAUCAGACUGAACGCUUAACACUUUUUGUGGUUGAUAAACUGUUCCUGGCCACUCCAAACCUUACAGCAUCCAACCCUGACACCAUGUCCAGUGGCAAUAUGCUAGACACCACAGCAGACAACAUGACAGAACAAGUUGAGGGCGACAGCAAAAAACAAGAGCUUCCUGCUGUUCCUGACAUGGACCCAUCUGAGGAUGCAGGGUUCACAGUGAAGAUCCAGGCUCCUGGAACUGAACCCACUGACUUCCAGGUGUCACCUUUAGCGAUGGUGCAGGAAAUUAAGCAAGUGUUGAUGGACCGGGAGGAGACCUGCCGCCUUACCUGCUUCUCCCUGCAGCUCAAUGGAGUAACUCUUGACAACUUUACCCACCUUAGAUCCAUUCCAGGUCUUCAGGAGGGCUCCAUUCUGAGGGUUGUGGAGGAGCCGUACACUGUUCGAGAAGUGCAUAUCCAUUUACGCCACAUCAGAGACCUUUUAAAGAGCCUGGACCUUACUGAUGGCUAUAAUGGAGUGGAGGGCAGCUCACCAUCCUUUCUCAGUUGUGUCACAGAAGAAUGUAUGGAAGAGAACAGCAAACCUAAGCGAAGAGGUGACAGGUUGAAGCAGAUGAGCUGCAGCCCUCCAGAUCACAUCCUUCCAGGUUCUAAGAAGUGUCUUCUGGUACCCCUGCUACCUCAUACAAAUUUUGGGAAGUCCUCAGCGUGCUUGAAGGUUCUGACCAUGAGUAGCUGGAAUCCCCCUCCUGGAAACAGAAAGAUGCAUGGAGACCUCUUGUAUCUUAAUGUGGUCACCAUGGAAGACAGACACUUCAGUAUAACAGCAUCAACUCGCGGGUUCUACGUAAAUCAGUCAACGACUUACAGCUUUAAUCCAAAACCAGCCAAUCCUAGUGUCCUCAGUCAUGCUCUGCUGGAUCUCCUGGGUCAUAUCAGUCCAGUUUUUAAGAAGAACUUCAGUGUCUUGCUGAAAAGGAGAGGGUCCACACACCCCUUUGAAAGGAUUGCCACACCUUUCCAGGUGUUCAGCUGGACUGCUCCAGCACUAGACCAUACAAUAGACUGUGUUCGAGCGGAGGAUGUCAGCUCCUUCAGCCUGGGUUAUGAAGAACACGUGUCUGCUCAGGCCCGGGACUGGAAUGAAGAACUUCAGACCACAAGAGAGCUUCCAAGGAAAAAUGCGACUGAUCGUCUGAUGAGGGACCGAGCUGUUUUUAAGGCUAACAGCGAUUUUGUGAGCACUGCCUCUCGAGGAGCCAUGGCAGUGGUAGAUGGUAACGUGAUGCCUGUCAACCCUAGUGAAGAGCCACGACAACAGAUGUUCAUCUGGAACAACAUUUUCUUUAGUUUAGGCUUUGAUGUACGGGACCAGUACAGAGAUCUGGGAGGUGAGGCUGCGGCCCAUGCUGCCCCUGUUCUCGACCUGAAUGGCGUGAGAGCUUACUGGGCAGUGGAUCAAGAAGGCCUCUACCUGAUUGGCACCGUAGUGAUCGAUUACGGUGGCUACCGCGUCACUGCCCAAACUAUUGUGCCGGGAAUUCUUGAGCGUGACAAAGAACAGAGUGUUGUCUAUGGCUCCAUUGACUUUGGCAAGAAUGUUGUGUCUGAUGACAGGUAUCUGGAGCUGCUUGACAAACCCAGUAAGAAGCUGAGAGUGCAGUGCCACCUAGUGCUAAACAAAGAUGAUACAGCAGUAGAGUUGUGCUCCUCGGUGGAGCACAGGAAGGGCAUUGUGGGCAAUGAUGGUCGGCGCUACAUCCUGGAUCUACUUUUUACCUUCCCACCCGACCUCAACUUCCUUCCUGUAGAAGGAGAGGAUUUAAAUGCUGUGUGUCAACAUCUAGGCUUUCCAAGGCUAAUACAUCCUCAUCGCCUGGUCUGCCUGAGACAGGAACUCAUUGAUGCCUUUGUGGAGCAAAGAUACCAGACAUUUAUGGAGACUGUCUCCAAAAGUUCUGAGCAUGACAGAGAAAUCGCCAAAGCCGUUGGCACAUCUGCGAUAAAGAGUGAUCCAAUUACUAUGCCUCAGCUUCCCUCUACUGUCACACUCCCAGACCAGGACACAGAGCACCAUUUCCUAAAAAAUGUGCCUGUGAAUAACAUCCAGCAGGGUUCUUCAAUAAAGCAUAUCUUCUCCUCCAUCAGGAAUACUUUUGACAUACAUUUCAACCCUAAUGUCUUGUGUGCAGGUGUACGUUUUCCCAAGGAAAGUACAGAAGAUAUCCAGAAACAGAAACAGCAGUUAAAGGAUGCGGCAGUCUUUCUAAUAUCCAAUCAAAUCCCUGCAUUUACGAAGAGUUGCCUUGACCACACAUCAAUGCCUACAGAUGGCGUCACACUAACAGAGGCCCACCAUCAGCACGGCAUCAACAUCCGCUAUUUGGAAGAAAGACUUGAUCAUGUCUAUAGAAUUGCACUCUGUGAGCUCAUCACCAGAUGUGCAAAACAUCUGUUUAAGACAUAUCUUUUGGCUGUAGAACCAUCUGCUCUGUCUGCCUCCGUCAGCCAUUUCCUCAACUGCUUCCUGAGCGCCUUCGCUGAUGCCGGAGUCAUUCAGCAGAACGACAAGUUAGCUUCUAGACGCAGGAGUCGGAGAAGGCGGAGCCGUGCGUCUGUGGGCGGCACUGUGACCGCCUGGUCCAACCUCACUCCGACUGACCUUUGGGGGGCCAUUAAAGCUGAGGCUCAGAAGUACUACCAUUACAACCUGCCCUGUGGAGGUGUGGAGGAGGCCGUGAACAAAUGCAGGCUGCAGAGGAUCACCCUGCUCAGAGAGAUCGCCAUCAAAACUGGCAUUCAGAUUCUUUUAAGAGAAUAUCACUUUGAUUCUGAGCACAAAACUGUAUUCACUGAAGAGGACAUCCUUAACAUUUUCCCCGUAGUAAAGCACAUCAGCCCUAGGUCCAGAGAUGCGCUUUUUCUCCUGCAUUGUGGUCAGUCUAGGGUACAGCAAGGUUGUCUGAAAGAGGGCUGUGAGUUAAUAAGCCAGGCUCUGGGUCUCUUCACUAACGUCUACGGAGCUCUGCAUCAGGAUGUCUGCAUAUGUCUGCGGUUACUGGGACGCAUACACUACAUCCUCGGAGACUAUGCUGAGGCCCGCAGUCACCAGCAGAGGGCUGUGCUGAUCAGUGAGAGAGUUCUGGGAAUUGAGCGUCCUAACACUAUACAGGAAUAUAAGCACCUUGGUCUUUAUUGCUUUGCUGGGGGGCAGUCCGUGACAGCACUGCGAUUACUAUACCGUGCUCGCUACCUGAUGCUCCUGGUGUGUGGACAGGACCACCCUGAGAUGGCUUUACUGGAUAGUAAGAUAGGUCUUGUGCUUCAUAGUAUGAUGGCCUGUGAUCUUGCCCUGAAGUUCCUCGAGAACGCCCUUGCCCUGACCUCCAAAUAUCAGGGACCCUCGUCUCUCAAACUGGCACAAAGUCAUCACUUAUUGGCAAAGGUGCAUGAAAGUAAAGGAGAUUUCCGUGCUGCACUGACGCAUGAAAAGGAGCGUUAUGACAUAUACAGGAAGCAGGUUGGAGAAGAGCACGAAGAGACCCAAGAAAGUUCAGAGUACCUAAAGCAUCUGACACAUCAAGUAGUGAUUCUACAGAAAACUAUGAACUGGAUCUGCAAAACUGGCUCGGACACCAAUAUUCUCCCUCUCAAUCUGAACUCUCCAAGUCGUGUCUGGAUAAUGGAGCAGCUAAAUCUUGUCACUGGAAUUGUCCUUAUUCCUCUUAGUAACAGAGACCUUGUGAAACUCAGGACUGAUGCUCAGAAAACGUCACAGCUCGUACGAAAUAAUGUUCAGUCAAUGGAGGAUCUGCAGGGGCUGUUUGAGGACCACGACACAUCACAAGCUAUAACUCAACAGGACUUAAGCCUUGUAAUUUAAGACUGCACUUUAAAUAAAGUGAACAAACAGAUGAGCCCUUAAAUGAACAGUUGUAGUUGGGAUUUAAACAUAUCAACAUGAAAUUAAAAAUGUGUAAAUGUAACUCUUGACCAAAUAGUGUGGUGGAUGAUCUUAUAUAUAUAGCACUCCCUUUAAAAAGCACGAGUGUAUCUGGCUGUUGAGUGUAUCUAGGCAAAUUUGCACAUUUGUAAACCAGACUGUCUGAUCAUUUAUGUCUUCUUUGUACAUUUUGUGAAUAUUGCACUAUAUAUGUAUAAGAGCCACUGAGCAGUGACUAGCAAA